AUAAACUCUAGGGUUAGGGCUUGGCCAUGACCUCAAACUAAAAGCUCUGCAUCUCUUUCUAUAUAUCAUUUUACAAGGGUUCAGUGGUGAAGGAAGUUAAGAAUUUGGGGAUCGGGAAAUCAUGAGGAAGCGACAAGUGGUUUUGAGAAGAGAGGAGCCCCGAAGAAGCACCACCAAUUCAUCUUCAACAAUUAGAAGUGUGAGAUAUAUGGAGUGCCAAAAGAACCAUGCCGCGGGCGUCGGAGGUUAUGCUGUUGAUGGGUGCAGGGAAUUCAUGGCCACCGGAGAAGAAGGAACAAGUGCAGCCCUUACUUGUGCUGCCUGUGGCUGCCACAGGAAUUUCCACAGAAGGGAAGUUGAAACUGAGGUAGUUUGCGAGUGCUCUUCACCUCCUUCCAAUGGAGCAUAA